AAAUUGUUUUCCGGGUUAAAGUUCACAACACAAUACUGUCCCUGGCAUGCCUCUAGAUAGAAGUAAUGCCGUUUGAGUUUUAACAUCACUUGUUAACGAUUACAGCAGAAUGAAGGAGACGCCGUUGUCAAACUGUGAGCGGGAUUUCUUGCUAAAAGCCAUUCAAGAGAAAAAACGAUUGGAUGGACGGCAGACGUAUGACUACAGGAAACUAAAGAUCAUGUUCGGGACUGACUUCGGAUGCUGCUUUGUGGAACUGGGCAAAACGAGGGUAAUGGCCCAGGUAUCCUGUGAGCUGGUGGCCCCCAAAGAUAACCGACCAAAUGAGGGAAUCAUGUUCUUCAAUGUCGAGCUGUCACCCAUGGCUUCACCUACAUUUGAGCAGGGCAGGCAAUCAGAGUUGUCAGUGAAGCUAAACCGUCAGCUGGAGAGAUGCUUAAGGAACUCCAAGUGCAUUGAUACGGAGUCCUUGUGUGUCGUGUCCGGGGAAAAGGUUUGGCAAAUUCGGGUCGAUGUACACCUGUUGAAUCAUGAUGGGAACCUGAUGGAUGCUGCCAGCAUUGCUGCGGUCACUGCACUGUGCCACUUCAGGCGGCCUGAUGUUGGGAUCCAGGGAGAUGAAGUCACUGUGUAUAGUACAGAAGAAAGAGAUCCCAUUCCUUUAAGUAUCUACCACAUGCCCAUCAGUGUCAGCUUCGCUUUUUUCCAGCAAGGGACCUAUUUACUUGUAGAUCCAAGUGAACGGGAGGAGCGUGUGAUGGAUGGCUUGCUGAUGAUUGCAAUGAACAAGCACAGAGAAAUCUGUUCCAUCCAGUCUAGUGGUGGUAUCAUGUUACUCAAAGAACAGGUAAUGAGAUGCAGUAAAAUAGCCAGCGUCAAAGUGUCUGAAAUCACAGAACUCAUCACAAAAGCUCUGGAGAAUGAUAAAACAGCACGAAAGUCAGGCGGCAGGUGUGGCUUUGCUGAAUCGAUGCCUCAAGAGCGAAUCACCGCUAUGAAAAAGGAGGAGACGUCAGUCGAAAUGACAGAUGUGACCGAAAAAGCCGGUGACAUGGUCCUGCAGGCCGAGGUUCCCCCUCAAACAAGUCAGUCACCGGUGGUGCCGCUCCCAGGCAUGGGCCAAGUUGGCCAAGGGCUUCAAAACAGCUGGGGAAUGGAGGAAGAUGAACAGGAUGAAGAGGAAAAUUUCAACAGUGAUGAAGAUAAGGAAACCGUGAUGGAAGUGGUAAAAAAUCAGGGGCAAGGUGAUGUGGUUGAGAUAUCUGACAGUGAAGAGGAUGAAGUGGUCAUACUUGAACCGGAAGCAGUGGACAAAGUGAAAAAGAAGAAAAGUUCAAAUUCCCACCUGAAGGGGUCAGCGGCAGCACAGAAACUGCAUAACAAAUGAGGGAAUGCGUUUACAGCCCUUGCCUACAUUAAUAUACUGAUGCAGCACUCCGAGCAAAGGAGAAAACAAACCUUUUCGAAACGGAGCUACUGCUUGAGUACUGAUCAGUAGGAAAGGUUAAAAGUUUGAAACAUUUUUUACAUUAAAUAUGAUUAAUUUGCUUGUAACAGUGUUUUUCUGAUUAUUGAGAAUGAUAUUUAAAUUAUUUGUGUAAACUACACACAUAUACAAACACACACACACACACUAAGAAGUUCUUCACAAAGACUUUUGUGAUGUAUAAUUAGGAAUUUUGGGAUAUGGCAUCAACUCACAAAGUAACUUGACUUCGAAAUGUGUUUCUAAUUAAAUUUUUAUUUAUGAGUAAAUACAAC